AUGGAAUUCAACCGAGAACAUUUUCGCGACAUAAUUUAUCUUAGCGACGAUCCCAGGGUGGGUGCACCAAAAACGGCAGUCACCCAGGAAAACGUCGAUGCUGUGCGCACACUCAUCAUUGAAGAUAGACAUGUGACAUAUCGCGAUAUUGAGGCUGGUGAUGAAUCGUGGAUUUACUGUUAUGAACCAGGAAAUAAACGACAGUCGGCUGUUUGGGUGUUCCAAGGUGAAGAAAAGCCAACAAAAGUCAUCCGUUCUCGAAGUCAAAGAACUGUUACUGCGGAUUGGUAUACCACCAUUUGUUUGCCAAAAGUCAUCACCGAAGUUCGAAAAAUCAACCCCGAAAGAAGAAUCGUCCUCCACCAAGACAAUGCAAGCUCGCACACAGCCCAAAAGACAAGGCAGUAUUUAACGGGAGAAAACGUGGAAUUAUUGGACCAUCCUCCAUAUAGUCCUGAUCUAAGUCCUAACGAUUUCUUUACUUUCCCGAAAAUUAAAAACAGACUGCGUGGUCAAAGGUUCCAGUCACCAGAAGAAGCAGUUGACGCAUUGGAUCUGCCAGCAAACGAGUUGAAUAAGUGCUUCGAAAAUUGGUUCGAGCGCAUGCAGAUGUGUGUUAAUCUUCGUGGAGAAUACUUCGAAAAACAAUAA